AUGAAGCCUGUUUUCGCUUUGACAGUCUGCCUCAGCGGCAUGUUGGGUGCUGAAGCUUGGGUCCUUCCUCCUGGCGGUGCACCCAAGGCUGGCUAUGCUCUUCGACCAGAUGACAAGACUGGCAACAAGAACGCUGCCGACACUAAGAUCAAGUUUUCACCCGCUGGUUCUUCUUCUUCCGGUACAAAGUCAAACGCUGUCGUCGCUGGCUUCAUCAACCCCAAGACCGGUGGUGCAUCGCGCCGCGGCCUUGGCAGGCGCGACGACGGUGACGAUGGUGACGAUGGUGACGAUAGUUCCGAUGAUAGUGUUGAAGGUGACCCCGAAGUCACCAUCUUCAAUCGUCCAGCCACGAAGAUUGGCACUCUCAAGAAGGGAGAAACCUCUGGCAGCGAUGAUGAGGAGGAGGAUGACACCAAAUACUUCAAGACUAACAACAAGAAGCAAAACGGCAAGAACGAGGACGACGACAAGAAGAAAGACGAUGACAAGAAUACAACCAAGACCAAGAAAGAAGAUAGCACCAAGACAAAAACCAGCGAUGAUGCCAAAAAGACUAGCAAGUCGAAGCACUCCGGGGAUGAUGAUGAUAAGAAGACUACCAAGACUACCAAGACUACCAAGGUAAAGACUACCAAGACGAAGAGUAGUGAUGAUGCGACCAAGACACCCAAGGUGAAGGAUGAUAAGAAGAAGGGCUCAAAGGAUGACAAGAAGGUUGACGACAAGAAGAAGUCCAAGAGCACAUAA